AUGCGCCCAACACUCGCCUCUCAACUUCGCCAGCCAACAGCUGACCAGCGUCCGUACGAAAUGCAGAGGCCCGAGGGGGCGAUCUCAAGAAUGCGGCAGCUCGACAUUCAACGCGAGCACCACCUCCAGGAAUGGCUGAAUGCCCUGACCCCGAAUCCCAUCACACCCACAAUCUCCCCUCCCAGACCCCCUCCUGGCUAUCAAGAACCUUCGCCACGGAAAGUCGACAAUAUCCCUACGCCCAGAGAAGAGCGUCCGCUUCUCCCGAAAAUGCCACAGCAGGUAAGCCUGAUUGAAUCCAUCCAACAGGAGCUAUUCUCCCGUCAGCUCUCCGUCACUGCAGACACAUCACACUUUACCCGCCAAACCUUGUCGAUGCUCGUUAAUUCCCAGCAGCCAGAUAUCAUUUAUGGUCCACAGGCUGACAGUCUGGAAUCCGAUGUCUGA